GCCUGGAAAUGGCUCCGCUGAUGCUCCUCGAGAGAACGAAUCGAUCCUUCCCAGCCUUUUCUGCUUGCUCUCCACCGCCUCUCCGCUCCGAGUCUUAGGAGGACGAACAUUCAAAGGACAGAUUCCGAUGUGGUGUGCUGUGCACAUCGCGAGCGGCCGCGGUUUGCACUUGAGAUUUUUUUCUUUAUAAUUUUUUUUUUUAAGUGUAAGCGAAGGCAGACAGUGGCAUUGCUGCCUGUAGGAUUUUUAUUAAAGUGCACGUCGCGUUGGGUUGCACGCUCCACCCCUAGGGACCUGGUGUGGUGAAAUUUGAACCCACCGCCUUAGCCCAGAGAAGGCCGAGUUACCUGGCUCCCUGGAGUGUCGAGAGGACGUGAGCGAAAUGACCAGCGAACUCGUUUUUUAUAAGACUCGGUGAAGCUGGGUUUUGCGUUUACCUACAUGUACACUGAUUUUAUGGAAUAGUUGAGUGCUAUAUUCUCCGCGCAACCUUUUCAAAUUCCAAAUAAGCAAAUGUUUGAACGCUUUGGUAUCAGCGCGAGUGAAUUCCUUUUACCGACAAGAACUAACUGAAUUGUCAGCAUCGUUGAAUUACCUCCGGAAAAGAUCUCGGGGGUGGAAAAGCAGCUGCAAAAUAACAGACGGAGAAAAUUCCUUGGAAGUUAUUUCUGUAGCAUAAGAGCAGAAACUUCAGAGCAAGUUUUCAUUGGGCAAAAUGGGGGAACAACCUAUCUUCAGCACUCGAGCUCAUGUCUUCCAGAUUGACCCAAACACAAAGAAGAACUGGGUACCCACCAGCAAGCAUGCAGUUACUGUAUCUUAUUUUUAUGACAGCACAAGAAAUGUAUAUAGGAUAAUCAGUUUAGAUGGCUCAAAGGCAAUAAUAAAUAGCACCAUCACUCCAAACAUGACAUUUACUAAAACAUCUCAAAAGUUUGGCCAGUGGGCUGAUAGCCGGGCAAAUACUGUUUAUGGAUUGGGAUUCUCCUCUGAGCAUCAUCUUUCCAAAUUUGCAGAAAAGUUUCAGGAAUUUAAAGAAGCUGCUCGUCUUGCAAAGGAGAAGUCACAGGAGAAGAUGGAACUGACCAGUACACCUUCACAGGAAUCAGCAGGUGGAGAUCUUCAGUCUCCUUUAACACCAGAAAGCAUCAAUGGGACAGAUGACGAAAGAACACCUGAUGUGACACAGAACUCAGAGCCAAGGGCUGAACCAGCUCAGAAUGCAUUGCCAUUUGCACAUAGUGCUGGGGAUCGAACCCAGGGCCUCUCCCAUGCUAGUUCAGCAAUCAGCAAGCACUGGGAGGCUGAACUAGCUACCCUCAAAGGAAACAAUGCCAAACUCACUGCAGCCCUGUUGGAGUCCACUGCCAAUGUGAAGCAAUGGAAGCAACAACUAGCUGCAUAUCAGGAGGAAGCCGAGCGGCUGCACAAGCGGGUCACUGAGCUUGAAUGUGUUAGUAGUCAAGCAAAUGCUGUGCACACCCACAAGGCAGAACUAAAUCAGACAGUCCAAGAGCUGGAAGAGACACUGAAAGUGAAGGAGGAGGAAAUUGAAAGGUUAAAACAAGAAAUCGAUAAUGCCAGAGAACUCCAAGAACAGAGGGACUCUCUGACUCAGAAACUACAGGAAGUUGAAAUUCGAAAUAAAGACCUGGAGGGGCAGCUGUCUGACCUAGAGCAGCGCCUGGAGAAGAGCCAGAGUGAGCAGGAAGCCUUCCGAAGUAACCUGAAGACGCUCUUAGAAAUCCUGGAUGGGAAAAUAUUUGAACUAACAGAAUUGCGAGAUAAUUUAGCCAAACUACUAGAAUGCAGCUAAGGAGAGUGAAAUUUCAGUGCCAAUUGAUGAAAAUAUACUGUCUGUCUUCGUAGGACUGUUUGGGUUCUGCACCAAGAUUGCACAAAAUUUUUUGAAUAUUUUUCCUCCAGGAGGAGGGUGUUUUGAAAAUUGGAAUUGUAUAUUUCAUUAUAAAUUUUAGAAUUUAGCUUGUAGCUAGUUGGGGAGAAAAAGACAUGAAAAACUUGAACUACAAAUUACCUCCAUGUAUAUUGGCCAUAGUUAACUAGAAAGUUAUAAGUAAACACUUAAUGCAAUCAACCCCCCCAUUAGCCAAUGGAAAAAUUAACAAUAUCUGGGUCCUUUCUCCUUUUUUUGUUCAACACAGUGAAGAUUAUCUGCUUUUUAAAUUAAUUUAUUUAUGAUAUCUACAGCUGUGUUUGUGCAAAAACUUAGUAAUGAGAGCCCUGUCUUUUGUUGUUAUCUGAAUAAUUUCUCAGGAUAUUUUUGCACUGCUGAGAAGCAGGGCCAUUACCAAUUAAUUCUUGCCAGGUGUGGGAGAGAGCUACGUCUUUAACUGAAAAGCCCUAUAAAUGGGUGUCUGCAAUUCCUCCUCUUUGUACUUGGAGUCUUUCACUCAAAUGGCUCCUCCGGUACAUUCUGCUGUUCUCCAAUCUUGUCUGCUGUAUAGUUUACUUUUCCAUAUUGAUUCGUGUAUUUAUGAAAAGAUACUGUCUCCCACUUUAUUACACAUUUUAAAGCCAAUUAAACAAAGGCAGCUGAGUCCCUCAGAUAUUUUUCUUUUUAAAUUUAUAGUAAAUUUGACACACACAACUGAAAUACAGCAGUCUGUCCUUAGUGGUUUAGGCUAGCAAUGUUAAGUAUAUUUACAGAAAAUAUGCAGUUACAGUUAUUUAUAUAUUUGGCAAGAAAUCUUUUCUGAGUGAUCAAUGAAUUCAAUUUAUGAAAAAAUAGUGGUUAUGGGGGCACUGUUUAUUAUACAUAAUUUUAAGGUGUAUAGCUGAUUUCAAGGAGGUCCACUUCCACCUAGCAGCCAAUCAGAGGACUGUAUCUAAAUUGUGAUCGUGGCAGAUGGGUCUUCACUGAAACCAUGUCUUUAUUCAAACUUCACAAGGCAAUAUUUUGAACUGUUAACUAGGCAUUUCCAGACAGGAAAUACCUUCAACAGGCUCUUCGCCGGAGAGCAGGUUUUAGUGUUGUUUUGAUGUAAUUUUAAGACAUUUAGCAAACAUGCAUUUCUUUAUAUGAUACAUUUCUUUCACAAAGCUAUUUUAAAAGCAAGCCAAGUGCUGUCUGCUCUGCCUGAGUAGGAAUCGCAUCGGAAUACGUAUAUUCUUGCUGUACAAUGCCUGUGAUGUUGAAGAGGGUUCUUUUUAGUGUAUGCUUGAGUACCUAACUCUGGAGUCAAUGAAUGCACUGAUUUUUUUGUUUGUACCCCAAAUGAUUGAAUUGUUAAGUACAAAGUAAGCAGAUUAACCCAUUUUUUUCACUCAUAAACAGAUUCUUAGUAAUGAUUUUGUUUUAUAUUUAUGUGUAUGUAUGUAAAUACAUACAUAUAUAUCAAUUUAUAUUAGAGUGAAAAAUAAAUGGUUUGUUUCUAAAGUUAGUUUCAACAGUGAGGUGUCUCUGAAAAAUCUGUAUCAGACACUUAAUCAUUAUGUAUUAUAUGUCCUAUAACAUCAUGCCAAUCACCCCAUCUAUUUUAGGGUAUUUUUCUUACCUGUUUAUUAUAGAGAGAAUAAUUUAGGUACACAUGCUCAGAGCUGAGAUAUUUCUCUGAUAAAUCAGGUAAUAAAAUUUAUGCGAUGGAUAGAAUUUUGAAAACAGAUAUGAUUUUAUCUGAGUCUCUGAGUAUCAAAGAAUAUCAGGUUUUAAUUUAAAUAGAGGACUAACACUAGGGAUCAGGGAAUUUAGUUACAAAGAGUUUUAAAAAAAUCUUUAAAAAAAAAACAGUGUAAGCUGUUGAUAUGGUAAGCGAAUUAUUUUAAUGAUGUAAUAAAAUAUUUUUAAAUUUUGGGAUAGUGAUCAUUUAAUGGGAAAAUAACUCACCAAAAUGUCUCCACUUGAAUUGUACUGAUAAUGUGAGGCAUAUGUGUAAUUCAAUAUAUACAUAUACCUAUAUGUAUAUACAGAAAUUAUUUUUAAUAUUUUCCUACUGUUGUGAAAUUUAAAAUUGGAAAUUUUGUGAGUGUUUUCCAUGUCCAAUAGAGCCUAAUUGUUUCUUUUUUUAGUAAUUUAACAAUUUCUUGAGGGCUGCACCUGUAACUUCCCAGCUUGUCAGUAGACAUGUACAGUACUUGGGAGAAGGUGGACACAAGUGCACAUAUAAAUAAAACCUUCUUAUGACUAUUUCAAACAUUCACUUACACUAGAGGAGCAUUUAGAACUCAUCGCCUCUAAGUCAUAGGUUGUGUGCCUACUGUAGCUUUUUCCAUCGCUGUAUUAUAUAAACAUUUGCAUAUUAAAUUUGAUUUUUCCCAGAGAUAAAUAUAUAAUGUAUCUAUAUUUAGAUCAAACUGUGGUAACAUAUUGAUCAGAACCUAAUGUUGGGGACUAUAGCCUGAACAUGUGGACUUGCAGCGACACAGGAGGAGAGCAGAGGUCAUCCCAUUUGUGUAUACAUUAUUAUAACUAUGAAAUCUUGUACAAAAGCAAAAACUGGAAAAAAAAAGCAAAAAUACAGUUUUUAUUUUGAAAUACAUUUGUUCUCUGGAGAAUGUACUUCCUCUUUUUUUUCUCAAUCUUUUAAGGGUAUUUAAAGCAUUUAAGCAAUGGCAGCAUUUCCUUCAAUCCUACAGGUGCUACUGGAUUUUGCAUUAGUAUGUGAUGUUUUAAAAUCCUAACUUUGACAUAAAAGGUUUUAUAAGUAUUUCCCUGCCUGGAAUAUUAGUUUUUAUUCUCCUCUCCUCAUUCCCUCCUCUCGCUCUGCCUCUCCAGACUAAAAACGAACAUUCAUGAAAAUGCAUUCUCCUUGUCCCUAAAGGAAGUUUGCAGCACCAUCAAAACUCUGAUGCGCUGUCUCCUUUGAACUGUUGGGAGCAGUUAGAGAAGAACUUGUCCCUUAUCUUUUCAGGUGACACUGAAAUGGUAAGCCAUCACAUGACCUUCAAAAAGCCAUGUCUUUGCUCUGUUAAAAUUAAAUGUAUCCUUUAGCA